AUGGAUAUUGAUCCUAUAGAUAUUCUCAAAUUGGCAGAAACUGAAUCAUUACUUUGGACCGAGGCACAUGCCUCCAUCCCACAAUGGAUCACCGAAUCUAGGGAGCUAGAGGGAGGAGGAAGAAAGAUGGUGUGGUCUCGGAGGUCCGCUCAGGUGUCCUCGGGUGACGACGAAGAGAAAAUUGUACGGGAGACGAGGUCUCAGGGACAGAACUCAAGGAGACUUGAGGAAGAAAAGGAGAAAAAUGACGUGGAUGAGAAGGAAGGAGGAGAGAAGUUCCAUGGGGCGAAACCGGUUGGUGAGCCGGUUAAAGUUAGGGGUAAGGGCAAAGGCAGAAGAACCCAUUACAGGCAGUUCGAGCACGGCGGUUACAGAUACCAGCUGGAGGAUUCGGUGCUAUUGCAUCCAGAAGAGAAUAGUCUAAAGCCUUAUGUUGCCAUUAUAAAGUGGUUUUAUCGUCGAGAAGAAGCAAAGAAAAAGGGUGGUGGAAACUGGGAAGCAAAUGAUACACGAGAACUGUUCUACAGUUUCCAUUUUGAUGAGGCCCCCGCAGAAUCUGUGAUGCAUAAAUGUGUGGUGUAUUUUGUUCCAGCUCAUAAGCAACUUCCGAAACGCAGAGAUAACCCUGGUUUUAUCGUGCGAAAGGUGUAUGAUACCGAUGAAAAGACGCUGUGGGAAUUGACUGAUAAGGUUUAUGAAGCUUCAAAACAACGUGAAAUUGACCUCCUUGUGGAAAAGUCAAUGUCGAGACUGGGUGAUCUUCCUGACCUUGAAACUGAGGAACACGUAGAGAAGGCUAAAAGAUCUUCCCGGAAAGUAAACAUACCUCCUGUUGAUGUUAGAAAGGAGGAAGAUGAGUAUCAUUCUAUCCUACGCAAGUUUGAUUCACUUACAGGUGAUGCUCAUCGUAACAAAUGUUUGGCGAAGCUUCUGAAAGCAGUCCACAACAUAUGCUCCAACGCUGGUGAUGAAGGAAAGUUGGGUUCAGCUGGAUCCCAUCUUGAACAGGCUGAGAAUGGAUCUCAAGAUAAUCCGUUAAAGGUCUUAAACUAAGCUCUUCUAUCCUUUUGAUCAAAGUCUCUCUUUUCAUAUACACUCACCUUUCAUAUUUGUUCCUGCCAAAAAAUUUACCAAAUAACAUUCUGAUAAUCUGAAAUCUAUCAAGAAUUCAUUAGUUUCUGGAAUAACCCUUUUGUUUAAACUGCUUGACAGAAUGAGAGUUUUCCCUGGCCGAAUGAUGCUGUUCCUCGGGUUUGUGCUCUUGAGUUGGCUUUACAUGUAUCUCUUGCAUCGGAUUAUUCUAAAUACAAUCAAAGGACUAGGGCGUUGGCAUUCAAUCUCAAGGUUAGAAUCUGCAUUGAUUGUUUGUGCAUAUAUGCUCCUUAUUCAUAAUAGUUGAUCUAUGAAUUUAUGUCACAUUCUGAUAUGACCUGCUAAAUUUUGAAAUGCCUUAUGAUGAUUUGCACAGUAAUUCCUUUUUUUUUUGUCUGUAGAACACUUCACUGCUGGCUAAACGACUGCUCAAUGGGGAGUUAGAACCUGCAAAGAUUUUGAAAAUGUCACCCACUGAGUUAAAGGAGGGUCUAACUGCUGAGGAAACAGAGAAGAAUGAGCCUGAUGAUGCGG